AUGGGAUCAUUUAAUGAUGAAGAAAACCGGCAAUUUACGUACGAAGAAGAAGCAAAGUGCGUUUGGGUUCAUGGGCCAAUCAUUGUGGGAGCAGGACCAUCUGGUCUAGCAACAUCGGCUUGCCUUACUCACCAAGGUGUGCCUUACGUUAUUCUCGAGAAGACCGACUGCUUAGCUUCUCUAUGGCAACGUCGAACCUAUGAUCGUCUCAAACUCCAUCUCCCCAAACAGUUUUGUGAACUCCCACUCCUCGGUUUCCCUCACGAUUUCCCCAAGUACCCAACCAAGAACCAGUUCAUAUCUUACAUGGAGUCCUACGCCUCACAUUUCCAAAUACUCCCUAGGUUCAAACAAUCGGUUCAGACAGCUGAGUUUGAUCAUAGAUUGGGUUUUUGGAGGGUUAAAACUCAGGACUGUGAGUACAUUUCGAGGUGGCUUGUCGUCGCCACAGGUGAAAAUGCCGAGCCAUCGAUACCGGAGGUUUCCGGGAUCGAUAAGUUCAAAGGUCCCGUAGUGCAUACAAGCUUGUAUAAGUCUGGUUCUGAGUUUAAGAAUCAUAGGGUUUUGGUUAUUGGUUGUGGGAAUUCCGGCAUGGAGGUCAGCUUGGACCUUUGUAGACAUAAUGCAAUCCCUCAUUUGGUUGUUCGAAACACAGUGCAUGUGUUACCUAGGGAGAUGUUUGGUUUCUCGACAUUUGGUAUAGCAAUGUCACUUCUCAAAUGGUUCUCAGUAAGACUAGUUGAUAAAUUCCUAUUGCUGGUGGCCAACUUCACCUUGGGCAAAACAGAACGAAUUGGUCUUCGACGACCGAAAACCGGCCCGAUCGAGCUCAAGAACUUCACCGGAAAGACUCCGGUGCUGGAUGUCGGUGCACUGUCACAGAUAAAGUCUGGUAAAAUCAAGGUAUUUCAGGUGAUGGAAGGUGUGAAAGAGAUCACAAGGAGUGGAGCUAAGUUCAUGGAUGGACAAGAAAAGGAGUUUGAUUCAAUAAUUUUGGCAACUGGCUACAAAAGCAAUGUGCCUACUUGGCUUAAGGGAAGUGAAGUUUUCACCAAAGAUGGGAUGCCUAAAACGCCGUUUCCUAAUGGCUGGAAAGCAGAUAAGGGAUUGUACACGGUUGGGUUCACAAGGAGAGGGCUCCUAGGAACGGCGUCUGACGCCGUUAAGAUUGCUGGGGACAUAGGUGAACAAUGGAGGACAAUGAAAGACUGCAACAACAUCAGCUGUAAUUCUCAUGUUAUCCUGCUCAAGGAAGCGUGAUUCAGUCAUUCAAAUAGACUCUACAUUUUGUAAAUAACGGAAUUUA